UUCGAAGUCAUCUCCCUCCUCCUCCUCCUCCUCCUCCUCCUCCCACCCCACCUCUCGCCACCGCACUAUUUAUACCUUCCUCCUUCACCUCCCACCUUACACCAUUUCACCACCACAACCCACCGACGAAAGUAAAACACAGAGACACCACCAUGCAAGAGGCGAUCUCGUACAAGCCCUGGCCGCCGAUCCACGCCGGCGGAUCCCUCAAGGCCGGGCCUCCGCUGCUCGGCGACAGGGCGAAUCAGGCCGCCACCACGACCGACGGCGGCGGCGGCGUGCUCAACCAGCACGGGGGGGGAGGAGGAGGGGGAGCGGGAGCGGGGGCGGCGAUGAGGAGGAGGCCAGGCGGCGUGCGGGAGGUGGUGUCGGAGAACGCGCUCAUAGUGGUCGGGAGGCGCGGGUGCUGCAUGGGCCACGUGGUGAAGCGGCUGCUGCUGGGCCUCGGGGUGAACCCCGCGGUCUACGAGGUGGACGAGGAGGACGAGAAGGGGGUGGCCGACGAGCUGGAGAGGAUCGGCGGGGGCGGCGGGGGGGAGGUCCAGUUCCCGGCGGUCUUCAUCGGGGGGAGGCUGUUCGGGGGGCUGGAUCGGGUCAUGGCCACUCAUAUCUCCGGCGAGCUGGUGCCCAUUUUGAGACAGGCCGGGGCCUUGUGGCUAUGAUAGAUCAAUGCGCUAAUCAAUACCCUGUUUUUCUUUCACUUUUCCCUUUCCUUCUUGGGCUUUUGCGGGUUCUCUUUCUGAUUGAAUAUAUAGGUCUAAAUCGACUGGGAAAAAUGCAAAAGAAGCUCUCUCUUUUUUCCCCCCCCCCCCCCCGUUUUUGUGUACCCAGAAGUUUGAUGCAAAGCAUAUGGAAAUUCGCUGGCGAUGGAAGCAAUACGAAAAGAUAGUUUCGACUCCAUACAUAGAUAUUUUGUCUUCUUGGGUACCUCUGUCUUCUCUCUGUUUCUCGGAGCUUUGACCGAUCGUCUGCGACCUGCCGGGAGCUUUUGGUUUCGUGGAAAACCCUCACAUGGGAUAUGACAGGCGGCAUUCAUUCACAUGCAAGGCCCACCUAACGCGUUGCACACAGCACACGGCACAGGAUGGGGUAGAUUGCUUAAUGAAGCACCUAACUUUUUUUUUUUUCGGGUCUGUAAGCACCCAACUUCACUAGUUGGCAAUUGGCAAUUUGGCAU